CUACUCAGAAUCUAAGCUUUCAGUUUUACCUUUUCGAAAGCCAUGAUCAACUAUGAUCAGAAAUUUUCCUGGAUGCCCUCAUCCUAUAGUCUCCAUGAGAAGCACUUUCCGGGGAUAAAUGUAGCCUAAAACUUCUAAAAAGCUUACACUAAGACCCUCUCAAGAAGCUUUGCGUACGGAUACAAUGCUACAUUUAGUGAUUUGAAUUAUACUCUAGCUUUCGGUCAUCUGUGGUCUAAAACUAGCAAUAUUAUAUAACUACCUCUGCCGAAGAAGCACACCAUACGCAGCGGUUGGAAAUAAACCUAAUUGAUGAGUGAUGUGUGAAGCACGGAAUCGAGCUACUUGACGUUAAAUUUUUAUCUUUUUUGAGAGGUUGACGGAGUCUGAAAGCUCCCGCAAAUCGAAUAAUUUCCCGACAAUAUGGCAACACUGCGUCCUUCGUCGGAUUCGGAGCGGUCCUUCAUCUGACUGGCAUACUGAAUUUUCCGACCUUAAAGGUCGUGAAAAUGAAGUUCGUCUUGAUAUUGUUGGUGUCCCUUUCAGGGACCUACUGCUAUAUACCAUAUGGAAAGGACUCUUACUUGUUCAACCUGUUCCUACGCAACAUCUUGAACCGCAUCCACAACAAGCCAGCCAAUGAGAACGGAGGGGAUGUGUCCUAUUUGGACCUUACUGACGGGUCCGCGUUGGAUGCCAGAUCGUUGGGGGGUGGAGGGGACAUGGAAGAGGAACCCCCCUACGAUUACGAUUCCAAUGGAGAGUUGAACCUGUUGCCUAGCAUCAGAGACCAGGAAUACUUGCAGCAUAGCUCGCUGUGGGGGAAUCAGUAUGUUUCUGGUGGAGCUGGGGAGGGAAACCAGUUGUUGAGACCAGACGGAAUGAGAAACAAGCAGGAAGUCAAGACAGAUUCCACACUACCUGCAUAUUGUAACCCACCAAACCCCUGCCCAGUGGGCUAUAAUGAGGAUCAUGGCUGCAUCGUAGACUUCGAAAAUUCAGCUUCCUUCAGCAGGAGGUACCAGGCUUCCCAGGAUUGCAUGUGUGACAACGAGCACAUGUUUGAGUGUCCCAAUGCAGUUAAUAUGGAGGAUCCGAUCGAUUUGGAGGAACUGAAUUUCAACAGAUUCUUGGAACAGUCUCUCAAGUUGAAUGGGAUGCAGCAUAAGAACAUGGUAGCAAAGAAGUUCCACGACAAAGAGAUGAACAACGUGAAUCCGUAUCUAUCUGGUGAGAGGCUACCAGUUGCAGCUAAGAAAGGUAUCAACGUCUUCGAAGCUUAAAAAGCAAGGCUUUUAGACAGAACAAAGGCUAUCAGGCUAUCUCUUAUACUCUUAAGGUAAUACCGACCACGGCUAUGAACAAGGUCAACUCUUAACUCAACGCAUUGGUUGAACGUCUAUAUUGAAGAACACUUAACAUACUUUAGAUAGUAGUUAGCUUGUAAUAUGCUGAACGGAGCUUAGAUUUAAGGUACCCAUACUACUUAGAGGACGUCUUGAACAUUCAAGAAAAAACAUACCAUCAAAUGUUCUCAUGGCAACAGGGCGAUGAUUGAAUUCCUAAGCAUAUACUUUCAUGUCAGCGACAAAGUGACAAGAAUUAUCGACCAUAGUGGCCUAGGCCCUAUUGGUUUUGCGUUGAUUGGUUUAGCCCCAGGGGACCUCAGUCGACCAAAACCUUGGCUUAGGCCCUUUGACUUUGUAUAAACACAGCUCAAAACCAAACCCACUAUCGUUGAUGUUCGGAAUGUUUGCCUUUUAAAAUGUACCAACAACGUCAAGGUCUAUGUGGCUACUAUGUUAUAGCAACAUAACUACCCAAACUAUUUCAAUGGAGUUUAAAAAGGAGGCGAUCAUCGGAAAUGUUCAUUUCGGAAGGUUCUACAUAAGGUAAAAUUCCCCUCUUAUUAUUUGGAGAUAUAUUGAAACAACCUUGCAUUUGGAAUGCCAAGUAAGCGAAAUGUUCGAGUAAUUUCUAGAAAAUGGACUAUUUCACAACCUUUCAGAUUCUGUGAAAUUACCUUUUGUAGAUAUGAUCUCCCAGUUAAUUCUCUUAAAUUUUCUGUAUAUGAACACUUUGCCAAACUUGAUUCGCAUUUUAGACGUAAGCUUUAUCUAUAUCCCACUUUUGCCUAAGCAGUUCCUUCGAAGAAGCAUUUUGGAUAUUGCCUUCUACAACUUAUGAGAGAAGACAAUUCUCUACUUAAAUUACCCUAUCAAACCAUUAUUAGUGUUGAUAUCAAGCAGUGUUCAAACAAGAACACGCAUAUUGUGGCUUCUAAAUGUCUGGUUUACUAUGUGUAAAGCACUCUAAAGAUAUUUAUGUAGUUGAAUGUAUUCUAAAUGUGAAAUAAAUGUAUUCUCUUAAUGCA